UUGAAUUAAUAUUUUUAAUCCUUAUAUUUUAUAAAUAAUUAUUAAACAUGAAAUUAUUAAUAGCAUUGAUGUGUGGAUUGGUUUGUAUUGUGAGCGCAGACUAUCCUAUAGAGGACUAUAAGGCGGUGGCGAAGUCCCGAAACUUCACGGGAAAAGUGAUUUUAGUGACCGUGACCGGUUCCUCGUCGGGCAUCGGAGAGGGAAUCGUUAAACUGUUCUCAAUAUUAGGGGCUAAUGUUGUGGUCACCGGAAGGAAAGCACAGGACGUUCAACGAGUGGCCAAAGAGGUCCAAGAAUUGUCACCACUAAAAUUAAAGCCAUUAGAAGUUGUGGGAGAUUUGACCAAAACCUCUGAUGUAAACAAUUUAAUCGAUUCUACGGUCAAAACGUUUGGCAAAAUUGAUGUAUUGGUCAAUAACGCCGGUAUCCUUAUAAAUACCAACAUUACACAACCGGAUCUGUUAUCAAUUUGGGAUCAGAUAUUUGCUAUUGAUUUACGCGCUAUCGUAGAGAUCACUCACCGAUCGGUUCCACAUUUGGAGAAAACCAACGGAACUAUUAUUGAUAUCUCAAGUAUUCUCUCAAUGGCGCCGUACAAAAAUGCUCUUGCCUUUUCAUCGGCCAAAGCAGGUCUGGAUAUGUUGACCAAAAUAUUAGCCCUGGAAUUGGGGCCCAAAGGUAUUCGUGUCAAUACUAUUACUCCGGGUGCUAUACAAAACAGAGACACUCUGACACCCAUUGAAAAGCUUGCGGCCAAAUACACGCCAUUAGGAAGAGUGGGUCAACCCCUAGACAUCGCCCGUGCGGUCGCAUUCCUGGCCUCCACUGACGCCCACUUUAUUACCGGCGCUAAUCUGGUGGUCGACGGCGGCUUUGCGAGAGAGAGACGGUGUUUGUGGUUUGUGAGCGGACACACAGAGUCGAGUGAGGAGUCAAGACAUAUACCACUGACAGCAACAUCACAGCAAAACCACGUGAACGAUGGUCGCGGCGGCGUUUCCUAUCGUCAAACUGGCGACACUUGCCUUCCGACAAGUGGCCAAACCGAUCGCCAAUUCGUUCAAAACGCGGGCCAAGUCGUCGCCAUUCUUCCGGAACUACAUCUGUAUGCCUCCGGCGCAGCUCUACCACUGGCUAGA